AAAAGGUGUGCUGCUUCAAUCCAGUGCAUAUGUCUCUACGGAGGUGAUUUCUGCUUUCUGCGUAUUCGUGUUUAUUUUGUUGGGAUGUUUUUGAGGCGGCAGGGUUGACAGUAAAUUAGUGUAACCACAACUUGGUGUCUGCUUCCUGACUUGUGGCCUUUUCCUUUCUGUGGGCAAACCACAUAAAGCCCUGGACGAAUUAUAGAAAAGACACAACAUCGUCAUGGACACAGACUCUGUCCAUUCUGGCCACUCCCAGCAAUCACGAGGGUCAAAUAGGCACAGUGAUCGCAGUAAGGACCGGCACAAACCACGCAGUCAUGAUGGCAGCAAUCGCUCCGACAAGAAUGUUACCAUCAGCAGCCUGUCUGCACAAACAGGAGCAACAGAACAGACUCCGGCUAGCACAGAGCCUCAGGACGAUAACUGGGCCGAGACCACCACAGCGGUGACCGGUACCUCAGAUCACAGUCUCUCUCAGGAGGAGCUGGCCAGUUUUGGGAAGGAGACGGUGGGUAGCAUGCAUAAGCAGAGCUUUGUGCGUAUGCUGCCCCUGGCCCUGACGCUGCUCCUUGGACUGGUGGUUCUCGUCACACCGCUGGCCUUUGUGGUGCUUCCACAGCUGCUGUGGGCUGAUCAUGUGCGAUCGUGUGGCACAGCCUGUGAGGGACUUUUUCUCUCACUGGCCUUUAAGCUGCUGAUCUUAAUGCUGGCUGGCUGGGCCUUGUUCCUGCGUCCACCUCGGUCCACCCUGCCUCGCCUGGCUGUUUACAGAGCACUGCUCGCUGUACUUACGCUGCUGCUCCUGCUCUCCUACUGGCUCUUCUAUGGAGUACGCAUCCUCGACACACAGGAUGAGAAUUAUCAGGGGAUAGUGCAGUUUGCUGUGUCGCUGGUGGAUACUCUGCUGUUUACACACUACUUGGCCGUGGUGCUGUUGGAGAUACGGCAGCUACAGCCGUGCUUCUCUCUGUGUGUCACACGCUCGACUGAUGGAGAGACACGACACUACAACCUGGGCCAACUCAGUAUUCAGAGGGCAGCUCUGGUGGUCCUGGAGCACUACUAUAAGGAUUUCUCAGUGCAUAACGCCGCACUGCUGACAGCUGCUAAAACCCGCACAGCUAAGCACCUGGCUGCUCUAAAGGUCUACAAUGUGGAUGGUCCUGGUAAUGAUGGUGCAGCAAGUCAGACUCGAGCCAAGACUGCUGCUGCAACUCGACACAAAGACACCAGUCACAGUGAGCUUUACUACGAGGAGGCUGACUAUGAGAGAAGAGUCCGCAAACGCAAAGCACGGCUGGUGGUGGCAGUAGAGGAGGCGUUUACGCACGUGCGGCGGUUGCAGGAGGAAGAAAAAAAGAAACCACCAGGAGACGUGAUGGAGGCACGUGAGGCAGCACAGGCCAUUUUCCCCUCAAUGGCACGUGCUCUACAGAAGUACCUGCGAACAACACGUCAGCAGCACUGCCACAGCAUGGACAGCAUCCAAAGCCAUCUCGCUUUCUGUAUUACCAAUAACAUGAGCCCUAAGGCAUUUCUGGAGAGCUACCUGACUCCUGGUCCAACUCUCCUGUACAACAGUGAGUGCUGGCAGGCUCUGCAGUGGACGUUGGUCAGCGAGGCAUCGGUGACCAGCCCACUGCGUCAUGGCACAGAGUUCCAGCUUAAAAACAGCCAUUUUUGCCUGGUGGUCAGCAGCAAGGCUAUCCCACAGCUCAGAAUCAACGAGGAGUUCGUCCACCCUAAGUCGCACAAAUUCGUGCUGCUUGUGCAGUCAGAGACCUCGGUCUGACCCGCUGAUGUGUCCAUCCCUUUUAUAUACUGUAUACAAUAAACUCAGAAACAGUGUUUCCUUUUUCACUUUUUUUAGAAGUCACACUUCUCAUAUUGGACAUAUUUUGAUACGCAGCAGUGUGUGUGUGUGGUUUUUUUUUAAAUGAAAAGUAUUUAUGUAAAGACAAAUACUUGGAAGUGGAAGAGUGUGUUUUCUGUGCAUAGGUAUGUGUGCUGUGCAGUGUUUAAGAAAUUAAGGCUGCUGUUUAUUAAAGGGGGGAUCAGGCAGAUGAGGAAAACCAAGACUGUGACC